UGAGACGCACCAAUCUGAGAACCGGUUCAACUGAUUCACUGAAAAGAACCGGUUCAAACGAACAAUUCCUUCACGAUUCGGACGUCGCUGUUGUACAGUCAGCUUGCAAGCAAACAGAGAGAGGGAGAGAGAGGAGCACGAGCAGCGCUUAUCUGCAGGCACAAUCAUCGCUGCAUCACUGACUGACCCGCCGCCACAGAACACGGAUGUGUCGCGUCGCGUCGUGCCGCUGUCACAGCAUGUGUUGGCCAUCGUCUGAAACGACGAACGCGAUUUGAGACGCUGUUUCGCCGCAGCAGGGCCACAGAUAGACGGCUAAAGCGAGUAGCUGUGGCUUUAGCUCCUGGAGGCCCCAUUUCUGCACACCACAGACCGCAAUGAUUGGCCAUUGCCUGCCUCGAUCAGCCAACUCUUAGUUCUGCUGCACCUGAUUGGACGACUGCCUGCCUGAGAGCUGAUGGUUGCUACAGUUGCCAUGACUUAGAGACACUCCUGAUACAGAGAUGGAGAAAAAGAAACCGUGUCCCCGCCUCCUGGACUACCUGGUGGUAGUUGGAGCCAGGCAACCCAGCAGCGACAGCGUGGCACAAACACCUCAGCUGCUGAGGCGCUAUCCACUGGAGGACCACAAUGACUUCCCUCUGGCCCCUGACGUCGUCUUCUUCUGCCAGCCUGAGGGCUGCCUGAGCAUCCGCCAGCGCCGGGUCAGCCUUCGUGACGACACCUCUUUCGUCUUCACUCUCACCGACAAAGACUCGGGUAUCACUCGCUAUGGAAUCUGCCUCAACUUUUACCGCUCUUUCCAGAAGGGCCACCACCGCCCGCGAUCUGAAGGAAAAGGAGAAAAGGCCCCUCAUACAGACUCUGCAGUGGAGGCCACAGAGAAAUCUGACCCUUCCACAUUGACUCUUCCAGGGGAAUCUACACUGCCCCCUGCAGGAGAUGGGACUUUGCCACCAGGCGAGCCGGGCAGCAGUGGAAAGUCUCCACGAUCCAAAUGCAGUGGUCGACUGGCACCACAGAACCAGAACAGCACGUUAACCUCUCUGUGCAUUCUGAGCCACUACCCCUUCUUUUCUACAUUCAGGGAGUGUCUGUACAUCCUCAAGCGCAUGGUGGACUGCUGUAGCCAGCGGCUCAACCAGAGACCCGGUGCUGCCAAGUCCGCACAACGGGACACAAUGUGGCGUGUGUUCACAGGCGCUCUCUCCGUCGAGGAAAAGGAAAAGGGCAGUCAGGUGCUUCAGGACCUGAGGGAGAUCGAGUCAUGGGUGUAUCGGCUGCUGCGCUCCCCUGUGCCUGUUGCUGGUCAGCGACGUGUUGACGUGGAAGUGCUCCCCCAUGAACUGCAGCCUGCCCUGACCUUUGCCCUUCCAGACCCUUCCCGCUUCAGCAUUGUAGACUUCCCUCUCCACCUGCCCCUGGAGCUGCUGGGAGUUGAUGCUUGUCUGCAGGUCCUGGCCUGCAUUCUGCUGGAACACAAGGUGGUACUGCAGUCCCGAGAUUAUAACGCUCUCUCAAUGAGCGUCAUGGCAUUUGUUUCAAUGAUUUACCCCCUUGAGUACAUGUUUCCUGUCAUUCCACUGUUGCCCACCUGCAUGGCCUCCGCAGAACAGCUCCUGCUAGCACCCACUCCAUAUGUCAUUGGUGUGCCUGCCAGUUUCUUCCUGUACAAGUCUGAUUUUAAGAUGCCUGAUGACGUUUGGUUAGUGGAUCUGGACUGCAACAAGGUCACUGUUCCAAGCAACGCAGAAUUGCUCCCUCCCCUUCCUGAACCUGAGGCCUCUGAGCUGAAGAAACACUUGAAGCAGGCUCUGGCUAGCAUGAGUCUGAACACACAGCCUAUUCUAAACCUGGAGAAGUUUCAGGAUGGACAAGAGUUGUCUUUAUUGCCCCCUGUUCGUGACAAAGCCUCCCCUUCCUCCACUGAGUUCAACCCACUCAUCUAUGGCAAUGAUGUGGACUCAGUUGAUGUUGCCACAAGGGUGGCGAUGGUGAGGUUCUUCAACUCUCCAAAUGUGCUGCAAGGGUUCCAGAUGCACACUCGCACUCUGCGUCUCUUCCCCCGCCCUGUGGUGGCAUUCCAGGCCACGUCUUUCCUGGCCUCUAGGCCACGGCGGAAUGGAUUCACAGAAAAGCUCUCCCACACCCAGGCAGUGGAGUACUAUGGAGAGUGGGCUCUCAAGCCCACCAACCUGGCUUUCCAAAGGAUUCAUAACAAUGUGUAUGACCCCUCUCUAAUAGGCGAUAAGCCUAAGUGGUAUGCCCACCAGUUACAGCCAGUAUUCUACCGUGUUUAUGAUGGGAGCUCUCGUCUGGCGGAGGCGCUGAGUGGACCCCUGCAGGAUGAGACCAAUGAUUCAGACCCAACAGAUGACAGUGGCAGUGACAGUGAAGCAUACGAUGACUCCAGCUCUUCCUACUCGUCUCUUGGAGACUUUGUAAAUGAGAUGAUCAAAGGGGAAAUACAAGGGGACACACCAAAUGUUGACACCCUGACCCAUGCUGCACUGGGAGACGCGGAUGAGGUAGAGAUCCAUGACUUCCAAGAGUAUAAGGGGGACAACGGUGACCCAGAUCCAGAAGCCCCCCCGGAAGCAGCGGACAGCCAGCCACUGCGGUCCAGCUCCAGCACGACGGCCAGUUCCAGCCCCAGUACAGUCAUACAGGGCGUCAACCAUGAACAGAAGGAACCUGCUGAGGUUGAGGCGACUGCAGGCGUAACCCUCCCUAACGCUGUCCCAGGAUUGGGAGCUCCACCUUUUACAAGACCCACUCCUGAUCUGGUCCCUGUUGACCCAGCCAAUAAAAGGCGAGAGUAUGAUAAUCCCUAUUUUGAGCCCCAGUAUGGCUUCCCUUCAGAGGAGGAUACUGAAGCAGAUGAGCAAGAGGAGAGUUACACACCGCGAUUCAACCAGAAUCUCAAUGGCAACAAACCGUCUCGUCCAUUGAGACCCAGCAGCCUGAAGCUUCCGGGUGAAUCUGAUGGGGAGGGAGACUCCAGAAAUAGCUCUCCGAACUCCAUCUCCAACAAUAGCAGCGAUGGCUUCGGGGGACUCAUGUCCUUCGCCAGUAACCUGUAUAAAAACCAUGGCACCAGUUUUAGUCUGUCCAGUCUGGCUCUGCCUAAUAAAGCUCGAGAGAAGAACACGCCAUUCCCCAGCCUCAAAGUAUUUGGGCUAAAUUCUCUAAUGGAGAUUGUAACAGAGAUCGGCCCGGGGAGCGGAGAAGGUGGGUUCUGCCCUUUGCUGCAUGCUUCUCCAAAGCCAGUCAGCUACAUCUCCCAGCAUCCUGUUCCACCAUUGCUUCCUCAUUUUUUUCUAUGCAGUGAGAACCAGCAGUUUCUCAAGGAGGUGGUCCAGAGCGUGCACGAUGGGCAGGGUGUGGGCUGGCUCAACAUGAAGAAAGUACGCCGCCUGCUAGAGAACGAACAGCUCAGAGUCUUUGUGCUCAGCAAACUCAACCGCGCGGUCCAAUCAGAAGAGGAUGCUCAGCAGGAAGUUAUAAGAGAUGUGGAGAUAAACAGGAAGGUGUACAAAGGCAUGUUGGACCUCUUGAAGUGCACAGUGUCCAGUUUGGAGCACUCAUACACUAAUGCUGGCCUGGGAGGCAUGGCCAGUGUCUUCAGUCUGCUAGAGAUAGCACGCACCCACUACCAGACCAAAGACCCAGAGAAGCGGAAACGGAGCCCCACCGAGGGGGUUAGCAGCCCGGGCAGUAAGGAGAGCCCAUCGGGCCGAAUGGAGAGCGCCAGGGCAGCUGGUGUGCUCCUGGUACCCCGUAUCCAAUUGCCACCACCCUCCCCUGGAAAAUCGUCACAGCAGUUUGAUACCCGGAGUCUGAACGAGGAGAAUUUUAUUGCCUCCAUUGAAUUGUGGAGCAAGCACCAGGAUAACAGAAAGCAAAAAGCUUUGGAAAAAGAACAGAGGGCUGAUGGAGCAAAACAGCGUCUGGAAGGUGGAGACACUGAGGAAAAGAAAUCACAGAUCAGUGCUGACAGUGGCCUCAGUGUAACGUCUGGCUCACAGAAGAGUGAUACAGAAUCCCAGGCGAGCUCCGAGCCUCCUGCUCUGAAGAGAAGCACCAGCCAGGACUCAGAGGCCAGCACAGUGGUGAGUAACAGCUCAGGUGAGACGCUGGGUGCGGACAGUGACCUGAGCAGCACUGCUGGAGACGGCCUGACAGGAAGACAUGCUCAACAUCUCAACCUGUCCCGUGGCACACUGUCUGACAGUGAGAUUGAGACCAACCCUGCGACCAGCUCUGUGUUUGGCAAGACUCAUAAGCUGAAGCCAGGAGUGAAGGAACCUCUUGGUGUUAAUAAGGGAGCACCAGCUCCGCCCCUUGAGGAUAUUAGCAUGAGGAUCUAUCUGUGUGAGGGGCUGCUGGGGCGAGAUAAAAGCUCAGUUUGGGACCAACUGGAGGAUGCUGCCAUGGAAACCUUUUCUCUGAGUAAGGAGCGUUCUACUCUGUGGGAUCAGAUGCAGUUCUGGGAGGAUGCCUACCUGGAUGCCGUUAUGUUGGAAAGGGAAGGAAUGGGGAUGGAUCAGGGACCACAAGAAAUGAUUGACAGGUAUCUGUCUCUGGGAGAGCAUGAUCGCAAGAGACUGGAGGACGAUGAGGACCGACUACUGGCCACUCUCCUGCAUAACAUGAUCGCCUACAUGCUUAUGAUAAAGGUCAAUAAAAACGACAUCAGGAAGAAGGUACGGCGGCUUAUGGGGAAAUCUCACAUUGGCCUCUCACACAGUCAAGAGAUCAAUGAAGUCCUGGACCGCCUCGCACAUUUGAGUGGCCGGGAGCUUCCCAUCAGGCCAAGUGGCAGCCGGCACAUUAAGAAGCAGACAUUUGUCGUGCAUGCUGGGACUGAUACAACUGGUGAUAUCUUUUUCAUGGAGGUGUGUGAUGACUGCAUCGUCUUGCGCAGUAACAUUGGCACGGUCUAUGAGCGCUGGUGGUAUGAGAAGCUCAUAAAUAUGACCUACUGUCCCAAGACCAAAGUGUUGUGUCUGUGGAGGAGGAACGGUCAAGAAACACAGCUUAACAAGUUCUACACCAAGAAGUGUCGGGAACUGUACUACUGUGUUAAAGACAGCAUGGAGCGUGCUGCCGCACGACAACAAAGCAUCAAACCAGGUCCAGAGCUGGGAGGCGAGUUUCCAGUACAGGACAUGAAAACAGGGGAGGGUGGUCUCCUUCAGGUCACGCUGGAAGGCAUCAACCUCAAAUUUAUGCAUAGCCAGGUUUUCAUAGAGCUGAGUCACAUUAAAAAGUGCAAUACAGUGAAAGGAGUCUUUGUCCUGGAGGAGUUUGUUCCUGAAACUAAAGAAGUGGUGAUCCAUAAGUACAAGACUCCUAUGGCACACCAGAUCUGUUACUCGGUGCUCUGCCUCUUCUCCUACAUGGCGGCGGUCAAGGGGAAAGAGUCAGAGGGCAAGCCCAAGAUGCUGUCCCCUCGUCCACUACCGAGCUAGCACACUUCUCUCCUAUGUUUACUUCAACUCCUGAACUCCCUGCAAUACUACUCAUGUUCAAUACAAGCUGACACUCCUGCCAAGCUCCUUUUUAAAGACCUCUGCUCCUGUACCGAUUCAAAUGUAGAUGCAUUCACAUAUUCUACACUUUCAUCCUAAAAGAAACAACCUGUUCAUAUAAUGUAUCUGAUAUAAUUUUCCAGUCCUUGGACACUAAAAUGCUGGCAUUUCAUUCUCAUAAUAUGGACCAACCAGAAGAACAGACUUUGACUACUAUUGGUUGACGUCCUCACAUUUGUACACUUUUAUUUAUUUCAAUUAGAGGCAUUUGGUUGCAUGCAGGUCCCAUGCGCAGCUCUUGCGAGUUGGCACUAGCAUGCAGACAUCAGGCAAACGUCUUUCCCCUCUUUAGCCCCCUCUGAUAUCAGUCAACAGGCUGUGUAUUUAAUAUUUAUGUGCUAAGUUGUACUGUAAAUUCCAGUCUGUUCUGUCUGUGGUGGGUGAAAUGUUCAAGUCUUUGCAAUCUAGCGCUGCCACGUAUGAGGGGUUUGCCUCAACCGUCCAUGACGGAGCAGCUGUCCCAUUCGUAAAUGUUCCAUUUGCCCUCCUCCACCUGCUGUAAGUGGUCUAAGGUCUGUGUAUCUCUUUAGCUCAAAAGGCUCAAACUACUGUACUAGUUCUGCUGUAAAGUUCCCUGUUUGUGAACUGCUGUUAAAUUUGCAUGUCACUUGAAAAAAAAAAAAA